GGCUUGAGCAGUUGAUUUGCUUCUCUGUGUGUGCGAGAGCAGAAAGGUGCUGGUGCCAGUCAGGGGUCGUGCUUGCAUUUGGUAGAUUAGGGGAGGUAGAGGCAGGAGAAGCCUGGUCCUUCAGACUGUGAUGGUUGAUGUCUCUUGGGUGGAGAGAUCGCCUUGCUUUGCUAAGCUGUGGCAGAAUGAGAGAACAUGCGAGUCUGGAUGAUUGUGGAGUUGCUGCUUGGCUGUGUUGCAGCUCAUGGCAGCCCAUGCUUUGCUGCUGAAGGUGUUGGGCUUUUGGAAGAUGGAUUUAAUCCCCUAGGGCCAGCAGGUUGAUUUUGUGCUGGGACUGCUGGUUAUUUUUACUUAGCACAAAAGGAAGUGACCACAAACCAGGCAGAGGCUGGGGAAACCUUGGCCCUUGCUUCAGUGUUAGGGUGAGGGGAGAGAAUGAGUCUGAAGUAAAGGGUGUCUCACUCCCUCGUGUUUCCAGGGCCUGGUGAACCCAGUGUGGACCUAGGGUUGCCUCACUGGGCUCUCUGAAUCAUGUACCUCACACUAGUGCAGAUUCACCCUGUGAAUGUGAGACUGUCGGAAAAUCUGGCUGAGCUGAGCCCAGUUGCUAUUAAUUUCCCCUGCCCUGUUGCAGUCCCUUUUUGAGGUAUGCCAUGAGCAGGAAGUAGUCUUGCUCCAUGCAGUGUUGCAGCAGUGUCUCUUUAUAUUUUCUGUCUUUGUCCUAAGCCCUGCUUUGAUUCGCCAGUUCUGCUUCCUUAUUUUCUGUCCUUCUGGCUUCAGAGCUGCAAGUCAGAGCUCACAGGAGAAUGUCCUUUACUCUGUUUCUUUUGCAUAUGAAUCUAAGGUUACACCUGCUCUUGAAGAGAUGAAAGGUGCCCUGAGGAUCUGCCCUGAGCUGGUUGUAGCUCUUUUUUACCACUUCUGGGGAGUGGAGGCAGCUGAGACUGGCUGGGUUCAGUUCCUGUUCUGACAGCCAAGCAGCAAAGCCAAAACACAAGUAACAGACUGGCUGGGCCCAGCACUAGAGAUCAUCCUUGAAGGUUGCCAGACAUGCAGGCUGGGCUGUGGCUUUCCUCUGUACUCCCUGGCUGUGGUGGCACAUUCUUCAUACUUGUGUGUCGCUACAGGGGAGGGAGGCACUCUGGAUCUGUGGCAGAAAGAUUGACCAGUGUUACCACCUCCCAUUAUGGCACUCACUGUCUUGCCUGGCAGUGCUUGUGUGCUCCCCUGAGUGUGGUGAGUGGGCUGCUGAGACUUGAGCUGUUCAUGGAGGGGUGAGCACACAAAAAUAAUGGGGACAUCCCUCAUGUAAGGGAUCUGCAGUGCUGAGGCCUUCCAGUGGGAUGAAUUGUCCUGCAGGUCUUUGCUGUGCUCAGUGAAGAGCUUCUCCAACCUGGAAGCAUGGUCCUGCCCCUGUAUUUCUGCUGGGCACAUUGCCAUCACCCCCUACUUCCAGGCUGGUGCUCUGGGGUGGAAGGGAGCAGUGGGACACGUACAGUGAUCUCUUUGAUGUAUUUGAGCAUUUCAGAAGUUUCCCAUUUCCUCUUUUCCCAACCAUAUGUGAGAUCAGCAUUACACAGGCACUGACUGAUUACACUCAGAUAUGGUAGAGCUGUCCCUUCACCCUCUCUGUCUGGUGUGGAGCACACAGUGCCAUGAUGCCUGUGCUUAUCUGUUCCUUAGGGCUAGGUCACCCUCCCUUUUCCAAAAAAGAGCCUUUGUCUCUUCUGGUCUGCAGCCAUGUUUUCCACUCAGGAGCUCAGAGUCAGGCAGGGUUUCAGUGCAAUCACCUCUGCAUGUGCCUGGACUGUGUAGGGAUGUGACUCUUGGCUGUGGUUCCUGGUGGGAGAUGAGCACAUUGGAAAGGAAGGGCUUUUCUGAGUUUCUCAGGGCAGUGCUUUGAUGUCUCCUGCCUGUGUUGGAGUAUAAAUUUAUCUGGAAAUUAUUCUGGGGAAAAUGCUGAUGGUAAGUCAUGUCUUGAACCCACAGCCAUGGAAAGGGGAUGUUGGAGGAAAGCUGGAGCUUCUUGUGUUGAUGGGCAGCUGAGAAGCAACACAAAUGCUGAUGAGGUGGUGAUGUAGCAGCAUGUGAUAGUCAGGGCACAGCCUCACUGCUCUUGUCCGUCCUGUGGCAGGGAGGAGCUCACAGCUGGUCCCCCAGAGCUGUGGCUUUCCAACAGAGCUGAGCCAUUGGAGAGCCACAAUGGAGACCGUGGGCACAGGGCUAUGGAUUGCCUUGAGACCCUGUAGCUCAGCAUGGUCUGUGGUGCUCAGCAGGAUCAGGGAAUAGAAAAUGGGUGUGACAGCAACCAUGAUCAUCUGGGAAAGAUUGGGGUGGGGUCUGACAGUAUCGUAGGUCCAGGAUGUCUGUCAUGUGCUGAUGUGGAAGUGUUGGGAUCACAGGGGUAGGAUUUGGAGGGGACAUCCUACCCUACAGUUCUGCAUGCCUGAGUCAGUUUUCCCAGUAACCUUCUUUCACGCUGUGCUGUGUUCCUGGGCCUUUGCCUCAGGGCUUCACAGGUGGGGGAGGAUCCAGCUGGUGCCUCCCUGGAGGUUUCCAUCUUGUUCUUGUUUUCCAGGGAUCUGCUACACAAUAUUUGACCUGGGCUUCCGCUUUGAUGUGGCUUGGUUUCUGACAGAGACCUCACCCUACAUGUGGUCCAACCUGGGCAUUGGCUUGGCCAUCUCCCUGUCUGUGGUGGGAGCUGCCUGGGGGAUUUACAUCACAGGUUCCAGCAUCAUUGGUGGUGGAGUCAAAGCCCCGCGGAUCAAAACAAAGAAUCUGGUGAGCAUCAUUUUCUGUGAGGCUGUGGCCAUCUACGGGAUCAUCAUGGCAAUAGUCAUCAGUAACAUGGCUGAGCCUUUCAACGGAGUCACCCCAGAAGAGAUUGGAGCCAGGAAUUACCAUGCAGGUUUCUCCAUGUUUGGAGCUGGUCUGACUGUGGGUUUAUGCAAUCUCUUCUGUGGGGUCUGUGUGGGCAUCGUGGGCAGCGGGGCUGCCCUGGCUGAUGCCCAGAAUGCCAGCCUCUUCGUCAAGAUCCUGAUCGUGGAAAUCUUUGGCAGUGCCAUAGGGCUGUUUGGGGUCAUCGUUGCUAUCCUGCAGACAUCUAAAGUAAAAAUGGGCUGAGCCCUCUUUCACUCAGCCUCUUUCAGCCCACCCCAAGAGGUUCUGUAUAUACUUAUUUAAUGUUUCUAUACUUGAUUGGGGUGGGAGAUUCCCGGCGUCGGGAGCAGGAGGCUGACUGCGUAGAGCCCCGUCCUGCAGAUCAAUCGGCCCCUCCUUGGAAGAAACAGAUUUCUCUGUGUGAAUUCUGCCCCCAGCAGCCUGGCCCAGCCUGUGGGGUCCUGCUGCUGUCCGUUCCUGGUGUGUAGAAUCAACCAUCAGUGCAAUUCUGUGUCAGUGAAAUAAAUAUGGUUCUCGUCCAA